AUGGCAAACCAAAUGUCAAACUUUUUCUGCUUCUUUGCCCUCUUGGUUAUAGUUUUUGCAGUUCAAUUUAUUCAGAUAGAUGGUGAAUGCUCAAAACUUGUGGGUAACUGUGAGACUUCAGAUUGUAAUAAACUGUGUAAUUUUAAAGCAAGAGGUGUUGGUGUUAUAAAUGCAUCGUGUUCAUCCUUACACUUAUGCACUUGUACUUUCGAUCGGCCACCACCAGGAGGACCAACACCUCCUUGCGAUUUUGUGUUGGGACUUUGCACUAAUUCUUGUAACUAUGAUUGUUGCGACAAAAAGUGUAAAGGUAGUUUUCCUAAUACGGGUAGUGGGACAUGUAUACAAGUAUGGGGUCGGGAUCUUUGCAUGUGUUCUUAUACCCGUUGA